AAGAGACGAAAAAGUAUGUCAAUUUAUGCCACUUAGAUCAGACUUCUUAGGCUGCUUAUUUCCGUACCCUAAAUCUUGGAAGGCCAACUUUCCUGUUACCCACUGGCCAACUCUCGAUCUUCAAUCCAAGAACCACGACGUUACGACAUGACCAUGUCACGAACCCCGUCACUAUUCAACUGCCUAAUAAGAACCCACCACAUAACAUCCCGCAAAAAGCUCUCGCGCGUCCGCCGUGCAGCCCAGCAGCUCAACGUAGACUGGCUCCUCGUCCGCAGCGGCGGCUCACCAGGACUAAUGUUUGCCGAGGCGCGCGACGAGGCGGGAUUGACGGAGUGGGUUUCCGCGGUACAAGCGUUGCGGUAUAAAGACUUCCGAUGCGUUGCGAAGCCUGCGCCUGCGCCACCGGAGGGUAGUGGUGUGAGGAGGACGGGGUUUGACGAGACAGGUGAGGUGAAGGAGUUUGCAAAGUUUAUGGAUGAGAGGGGGUUGGGAGAGUGGUGGAAGAAGGGGAUGGGCUGGACCUGGUCUUGA